AUGCAUUCCACAACGUUGCCACGGCUGCCCAUCUUUGAAGCCAUCGCGAAGCAUGACCCUCAGUCCACCGCGGUAAUCCACUCGGCUUCGGGAAGAACCUUUACCUACGGCGAAUUACUCGGCGAUGUGCGACGGGCAAGGCAACGGUUUUACGAAGCCAGCGGGAAGAAGGACUUGAACGGGGAGAGAAUAGCCUUUCUCAUCGAGAACAGCUACGAUUAUGUUGUUACCCUGCUCGCUGCACUCGCUGCGCGUUCCAUUGCGGUGCCAAUGUCCCCUGCCUUCCCGGCACCGGAGCUACAAUACAUCUUGGAUCACAGUGAAGCAGCCCUCCUCGUAUCGUCAGCCAAGUUCGCAUCCAAAGCACAAGAAGUCUUGGCGACGCAGCUGGCCACCAAACCGGCACAUCUCGAGCUAGAGAAGCAUCUUGGCGGCAGCAAAGGCGAAGACGUUCCGCUCGAGGGCUCAGAUCCCGCCGGCGCAGGUUUGAUGCUCUACACUUCAGGAACCACCAACAGACCCAAAGGCGUCCUCCUCCCACAAUCAGUCCUAACCGCCCAGUCACACUCCCUCAUAGAAGCAUGGAAGUACACGCCAUCCGACCACCUCCUCCACGUCCUCCCUCUGCACCACAUCCACGGCACCGUCAACGCUGUCAUAACACCCCUAUUCGCCGGCUCCUCCAUCGAAUUCAUGUUCCCCUUCAACGCCGACGCCGUAUGGAAACGACUCGCCGCGCCCUUCCUCCCCACCAACGGCACCAACGGCGUCCACGUCAACGGCACGCCUAAACCCUCCAACCAAAAAGUCACCUUCUUCACCGUCGUCCCAACCGUCUACAGCCGCCUCCUCUCCACGCACAAAUCACUGCCCCCGUCCAUCGCAACAGCCGCCCGGGAAGCAAUCUCCCCCCCAAACAUGCGCGUCAACAUCUCCGGCUCCGCUGCUCUCCCCACGCCCAUCAAAACCGCCUGGUCGACCCUCAGCCACGGCAACGUCCUCCUCGAGCGCUACGGCAUGACAGAAGUCGGCAUGGCACUCAGCUGCGGCCUCUCCUUCACAGACCGCAUCGACGCCUCCGUCGGUUGGCCCCUCCCCUCCGUCCAAGCCCGCCUCAUGGACAUUGACACCGGCGAAAUCAUCCCCCCUACCUCCGAAGUCGACUCCCACGGCCGCCCACGCUCCGGCGAGAUCCAACUCCGCGGCCCGACCAUCUUCCAAGAAUACUGGCGCAAUCCCUCCGCCACCGCUAAAGAAUUCAUCCCCGACCCCGACGGCCAAGGCUCCUGGUUCAAAACAGGCGACGUCGCCAUCCGCCGUUCCGUCCCCUCCGCCUCCCACAGCCAACCGUGGACCCAAGGACCCCUGUACUUCAUCCAGGGCCGUCUCACUGCAGAUAUCAUCAAAACAGGCGGCGAGAAAGUAUCCGCCCUGGAAGUAGAACGCGAACUCCUCAGUCUACCCGAAGUAUCGGAGGCGGCUGUCGUUGCCGUCCCCAGCGGGAACUGGGGCCAAAAAGUCGGCGCCGUCCUCAUCCUCAACAAGGACGUUGUGCAGAAGUGGUCACCAUUGGAAAUGAGGCGCGCCCUGAAGAGCAGGUUGGCGAAUUAUAAGAUUCCGCAGGUCAUGAAGGUUGUUGAGCAUAUUCCCAGGAAUGCAAUGGGCAAGAUUAACAAGAAGGUGCUUGUGAAGGAAAUUUUUGCGGAUGAGCAUAGCGGUGAUGAGAUGUAG